CUUGUUCUGAUCUACGAUUUUCCCGUUCAUCUCCCGUUCAUCUUCGUCAUUUUCGUGUACUCAGCCGGUCUGCUUCGAUUCUUUGGGUAAUUAAUUGUUUUCUUACAGCGUUCCGUUUCUCAUUCAUUAUAACUAUAUAGUAUUAUUCUUCGUCUUCUAGUUCUGUGAACACCAUGUUUUCCCUUAGACAGAUCAUUACUACCUCGGCCAUUCUGGCAGUGGCUCACGGUCAAGGUGUUAUUAUCAAAGCCCAAGGAACGAAAGGAUCGCCGGCGAGUCUCGGCUUACAAGUUAAUGCCAACGACACUAGUGACGCCAACUUCAUAUCGCAAACCGAGAUCGUGACAAACUUGGUGAACCAAUGCGGGAGGACUCUGCAAGCCGGCAAUGUCGAUGUGGGCGCUAAUACCGAGGAUGCUCUGGCAGCAAACCAAGUCACCCAGGUGACCAAGGGCAGCAAGGUGAAUAUCACAAUUCGCCAAGUUAACGAGACCGGUGCUGGUCCUUAUACUUGCGAUUUUGACCCGACGGGCAACACGGCCGGAGCCACAGGCCAGCUCAAUGUUACCACAACCGAAAGCAAGGCCAAUGCAAAUGGAGAAAUCACUCUCCAGGUGACCAUGCCCAACGACUUGGCAUGCAUCGGAGCAUCGACUGGUGACGUUUGUACUAUACGAUGCCGUAAUGCGAACGAAUUCGGCGGGUGUGUCGCAGUGCAGCAAACCGACACUACGCCCGCUGAAAAUACGCCUGGGACUAUCGAAGCAUUCCAGUCGUUAGAGGGCAUCACCACUCAGAUCCAACAGAACGUCGCUGAUCUUCCAGCGGCCGUCAAGGCGCUCUCGGAAUCUGGAGACUCUGACGCGGAGAUCGGUACAGCAAUCGUAGACGGAAUCCAAGCCGCGGACCCGUCGACCAACGGACUUGCACAGGACCAAGCUAAUGCUGGCAAUACCGCUAACACUGGUAACACUGGCAACAACAAUAACAACAACAACAACAAUGGUAAUGGUAAAGCCAAUGGUAACGGCAACAACCGGGGUGGUAACGGUAAUAACCGUAACGGUAAUGCCAAUGGCAAUGCCAACACCAACGCCAACGCCAACGGUAAUGCCAACGGUAACACCAAUGCUAACACCAAUGGUAACGCCGCUAAUGGCAAUGCCAAUGGUAACGCCGCUAAUGGCAAUGCCAACGGUAACGCCGCCAAUGGCAAUGCCAACGGCAACAACGGCGGAGGAAGAGGCGGUCGCAACAACAACAAUAACAACAACCGGCGACGCUCAGUCGUGCGCCGCCGCAGAUCAGCAUAGACGAUCAUAUUUUAGGCCGCAGAAGAUAAUGUAACCUACU